UCAAGGCUUGCCGAGACUUUGACGUAUGCUGCGGAGUGUUUAUGCCCUCAAAAGCGAGAUAUUACGUACUUCGGAGAGCCUUGGAAUUAUGGGUACCGUGGUGUGAGAUUACAUAUAAAUGUCUUUCCGUCUUGAGGGAAGGAAAGUGUUUGUCACAAGAGCCGAGAGAAGCCUACGCCAAGCCUAUGAAUGAAAUCUCAGAGCAGGAGCCUUGGUCUAAAUGGGUCCGGUUAUGCCUCCCAGUAAGAAGCCGGAAGGUUCAGGGGUCAGCGUGGCGAGCGGCCUGAGCCAGUUCUAUCAGGCCAGCUCCAUCACCAGAGCCCUGCAGGAGGCUGAGGAGAUGGACCUGGCUCUUCCCACCAUCAAACUGGAGAAGGGGAGCGUGGAGGACGAGGAGCUCACCAACCUCAACUGGCUUCACGAGAGCAAGAAUCUGCUUAACAGCUUCGGUGACCCUGUGCUGAGGAGUGUCAGUCCCGUCCAGGAUCUGGACGACGACACCCCGCCUUCCCCUGCCCACUCAGACCUCCCAUACGAUGCCAAGCAGAACCCAAACUGCAAACCUCCUUAUUCAUUCAGCUGCCUCAUCUUCAUGGCCAUAGAAGAUGCUCCUUCCAAGAGACUGCCAGUUAAAGACAUUUACAACUGGAUCCUGGAACACUUCCCUUACUUUGCCAACGCCCCCACGGGGUGGAAGAACUCUGUCAGGCACAAUCUGUCCCUCAAUAAGUGUUUUAAGAAAGUGGACAAGGACAGAAGUCAGAGUAUCGGGAAGGGCUCCCUGUGGUGCAUAGACCCAGAAUACAGACAGAAUCUCAUCCAGGCGCUGAAGAAGACGCCUUAUCAUCCUUAUUCCCAGGUGUUCACCACGCCUCCCACCUCUCCUCAGGCAUAUCAAAGUAUGUCCAGUCCUCCAAUAUGGCCAGGAAGUCCCUUUUACAGGAAAAAUAAGGGAGUCCUACUACAAGUUCCUCAGGGAGUGAUCCAGAACGGAGCUCGAAUGAUGAGCCAGGGCCUCUUCCCAGGAAUCCGACCCCUUCCCAUCAACCCCAUCGUCAGCAGGACAGCUGCUGUCAGGUCAGUACUGGGAUACAGAAUCACCAGUGACACUGAACCCACUCAAAACUCUCCACUGGCCACCAGCGACCCCAAGGAGGACCACACCUACAGUUUCGCCAAAUCUUCCGGCUCGGAUGCUGAAGAGGAGGCGCAGUGUGAGGGAAGUGAGCUCAACUUCCACACUAAUGAGACCGGCAGCGAUGCGGAGGAUGACGACAAGAGUAAAAUCAAGAAGGAGCCCAAGGAGUGGUCAGUGGACGCCCUCGCUCUGGCCCAGCACAAGAAACGGCAACUUUUGACAAAAGUCAAACAGAGAGUGGCCAGUGACACUCUUCCUCUAAAAAAGAGGCGCACGGAAAAGCCUCCGGAAAGUGACGACGAGGAGAUGAAGGAGGCCGCCGGAUCCCUGCUUCAUUUGGCAGGAGUUCGGGCCUGUUUGAACAAUAUCACCAACCGGACGGCAAAGGGGCAGAAAGAGCAAAAAUAAUGAACAGACUGUAUUGUAGAGGGAAAAAAACAUCACUUUGAAUAGAAUUUACUAUUUUUUUCCAGGACAUCAGGUGAAUUCUACUGAUUUGUGGCAAUAUCAACAAUCACUUUGUUUUCCUAUCUUUAUAGGUGACAUUUUACUGAGGGUUCCUUGUUUUAAUUUGCUUAUUUUAUUGUGUUGUCGUUUUUCUUUUCUUUUUAAUCUACGGAGAUUGAAGCCAUAGCCUUCCCUUUUUUAGGAAAUUAUUUCAUUCGAAUGAGAGACGACAAAAAAAAAAGUGACAGCAAAAUUUGCUAUGCCCCCCUCUGUCAAAGACAGCAAAACCACUAAAAGUUCUGAAGCUUCUUCCUAAAUUUGUGGUGCAGAUUGACGGAGUAGUUCUCAAGGCGGGAUGAGAAAUGUUCACACAUCAGACAUGUUAUGACAGCAGUCCUAUCAAAAUAGGUAAUCUAAUAGCCAUAGAUGUAGUUCACUUCAAGAAUUAAACUGUUUGGUAACACUUUACAAUAAGGUUAUAUUAGUUAAUGUUAGUUACUGCAUUUAUUAACAUGAACAAACAAUGAACAAUACAUUUAUUAAAGUAUUUGUUCUAGUUAGUUAACAUUAGUUAAUGAUAGUACAGUCGUUCAUUGUUAGUUCAUGGUGCAUUAUUUAAUGUUAACAAGCAUUUGAGUGUUAAUAAUACUUUAGUAAAUGUUGAACUAUAAUUAAUAAAUGCUUUACUGCAGUGGUCCUCAACCUUUUUAUCACCGCAGCCCGGUCAACGCUUAACAAUUUUACUGCGGACUGGGCUGAGGCGGUAGGGGGUUGGUUUGUAGGUUGCCAGGCAACCAUCAAACAUUUUCUCAGAGGAUGACAAGCUGACAAAAAAUUGCUGUCACUCUGGUACAAGUUUUAAGGAAAAAAUUACAAAGCAUUGCAGUUUUUGGGUGUUCUGUGAGAUAAUUAGUCUACCUAAAUGUGCAUAUUCCAUACAAAGCAUGAAGCUUUCGGUCAAUUCUUGUCACGUGACUUGAGGUGCGCUCCCGGGAUUCAUUCUACUGGGUGCAUCUGAAAGGUGUGAGCGUGUCAUUGGAA